GACACCAUGUCACCCCCACAAACACCCAUUUGCCCCCCCCUGCUGCCAGUUACAGGCAGGGUCGCAGCCCUGAAGACAGGUAGGCUGGUCCACAGGUGCUCAGUUGGAAGCACCAUCAGGAUGGGCUUGGACACAGACUGGACAGUUCUGGUUCUCACCUGUCAGCAUAAGGACAACGUCCAGGUAUUCCAGAGAGAACUAGAGAUCAGACAGCGUCGUGGUGUCCUGCCCGCUGACACCCUUAUAUUGACUGUGGAAGACCCCCAGGCUCAUGUGGGGAGUGGGGGUGCCACACUUAAUGCCCUCCUAGUGGCUGCAGAGCAUCUGAGUUCCCGGGCCGGAUACACGGUAGUUUCCUCUGAUGUCCUGCAGGGGGCACGGCUGCUCAUCCUACACGCGGGUCGGGAUUUCUUGUUUGACGACUGUGGGCGAGGUUUUAUCGCUCUCCCUUUGGAGGAUCCCAAAAUGGAGGUGGAGUCUGUUACCUGUAACAUAGACAGUCUGCUGACUACACUAAGGCACCAGCUGUGCCCUGAGUCACCUCCUGGUGUCUGGAUAUGCAGCACUGACAUGACACUGUCCCUUCAUACAAAACCACGAAUUAACUGGCUGGAGUUUAGGGGGGCUCGUGUCAUCUCUCUGCCUGGAACCCCAGAAUAUGCAAGGAAUCAUGGUGUGUACUUGACAAAUGAGAAAGGAAUUGUGAGGGACAUUGUAUACCGUGGCUCCACAGAGCAGAUCAGAGCCUGUCUCCUGGAUGAUCAGCAUGUUCCACUGGUUUCAGGCAUAGUCUUCCUUUCCACAGAGACAGCCGAACGCUUUCUCAACACUCUUGCUGUGGCACCUUUGACCGGCUGCACAUACCAGGGUCUGGAUUCGGGGGCUGAACCCCUUGAGGUAUCCCUGUUCCUUGAUAUUCUGAUGAGCAUGUGUCUCAAUGUCAGUCAAGAGAUGUUCCUGAGCGGGAGCCAACACCUGAGCCAUAAGUUAAGAAAUGCACGGGCUGUACUGUGGCAAGAGCUGCAUGACCUUCCCCUGAGUAUGGUGUACAUUCAGGAUGGCAGCUACGAGUAUCUAUCCCUGCGUGCCAGAGAUUACAUUGCUAAUCUGGUCAAAUCGGCCCCAGCUGGGGGCAACCGCAGCAAGAUUGUGCAUUCCUCAGUUAUGCAUCCUGAGUUAGUAGAAGAUGGAAGCUGUGUGAUCAACAGUCGCUUAAGUGGGGAGAUUUCUGUGUCCCAGGGAAGUGUGAUUCAGAACUGUCACCUACAGGGUCCCCUAUGCAUAGGUAGUGGGUGUCUCAUGAAUGGAAUUGACCUCAUGGCAUCCUCCAAGCUUCAAGGGCAUCACCUGAAGGAUAUUAUUCUACAAGCUCAUCCCAUCCGAGUCCAGUCCCUUCUUUUGACAGUCUACAGUCUUCUAGGGGCAGAUGAUCACCUGGAGCUCCCGACUGAGGGCGGAUCUCCCACAUUUCUCAAUAUGCCUUGGAAUAAAUUCUUUCAGAAUACAGGGAUUUGUGAGAGCGACCUCUGGGGUUAUGAGUGCAGUAGUGAGAAGAGCGUGUUAACUGCCCACUUGUUCCCUGUUCUUCACCCUUCUCAAACUCUGGGGGUGGAAGAUGUUCUUUGGUUCCUCAAUCCAAGGGAUCAAAACACACAGCAUCACCUUCAGCUCUGGCGCAAUUCUUGGCGUAUGUCUUGGCAGCAGAUCCGACAGCAUCGUGACCAGGAAAGAUCACUACAGGCUCGUAGGGAGCUUUUCUUCAGCCAGGCUCAGGAGAAAGUGCAGAGAAUUCUUCUGGGCAGGGAGGAGAGGAGUUUGAUGCCAAUAAUCCGAGCAGCUGUUCUGGAGGGCACCCACAACAAUCUCCUGGAAACACUGGAUAUUGUGGCUUCUAUGACGGAUGAUGCUGGGGUCGCUGCCCGGGCCCUUGCCUGUGUGGCAGAUCUGCUUGGCUGUAUGGCAGGCAGAGAAGAAGGGCUAAGGAGUGGGCCAGCAGCUAACAAGGCCUGGGCUCCAGCCUACAUGAUGCUGGAAAAGGGCAAUGUAAAGCAAGGUGUCAAACUGCUGGCUGAAGAGCGGGAGAGGUGGCUAAACAGACCAGCAAUGUUGAUCCGUGCUGCUCGUCAUUAUGAAGGAGCAGAGCAAAUUUUAAUUCGCAGAGCAGUGAUGUCUUCCUUCACAUUCAUGUCUAUUGGUGUUAAGAAGCUACCACCCCAAGGCCAGUGGGUCACUGCAGAGUGUCCGGCGCGCAUUGAUAUGUCUGGAGGCUGGAGCGAUACACCUCCGAUCACAUAUGAGCAUGGUGGCACAGUAGUCAAUGUAGCCGUGCUGGUUGAUGGUCAAAGGCCAAUAGGCUCUCAAGCUCGACGGAUACCAGAGCCUCUGCUACGUCUUUCCAGUAAGAGCGGCCCUCUCAAAGCUGAAAUCCAUACAGAGCUGACUUGUGGGAGUCUCAAUGAUCUGCAGGACUACUGCCAGCCUCAGGCCCCAGGGGCAUUACUGAAAGCUGCUUUCAUCUGCUCGGGGACUGUGAACCUGACCUGUAAGAAAUCAUUAUCCGAACAACUUACUGAAAGGUAUGGUGGUGGGUUUGAGCUGCGGACAUGGUCGAACCUGCCACAUGGAUCUGGUCUUGGAACGAGCAGCAUUCUGGCUGGGGCAGUAAUGGCAGUGCUGUAUGAGGCAUCUGGGCGCUCAGUGGAUGCAGAAUCUCUGAUUCAUGCUGUUCUUUACCUGGAGCAGGUGCUCACUACAGGAGGAGGAUGGCAGGACCAGGUUGGAGGGCUGAUUCCAGAAGUGAAAGUUGGACGCUCAGCCCCAGAACUUCCUCUUCAUGUCACAGUUGAGCGGCUCCAGUUGCCUGAUGGCUUUAUAGAGACAUUAAACCAACAUCUCUUGCUUGUGUAUACAGGGAAAACCCGCCUAGCCCGCAAUAUGCUGCAGGAUGUUCUCAGAAAUUGGUAUGCUCGCCUCCCUGAUAUCCUGCAGAAUGUGGACGCUCUGGUGAACAAUGCUGAGCUCUGUGCAGAAUCCUUCCGCAGAGGUGACAUACAACUACUUGGACAUUGUCUGUCCACAUACUGGCAACAGAAGAAAUGCAUGGCACCUGGGUGUGAGCCACUGGCAGUUCGGAGGAUAAUGGACAAGUUGGAACCACAUGUGUAUGGGCAGAGUCUGGCAGGGGCUGGUGGAGGUGGCUACCUCUAUAUACUGACCAAAGAGCCAAACCAGAAAGACUUCCUGCAGAGCCUUCUUGAGACGACACAGGGCCUAGAAAGAUGCAGCAUCCACACUGUACAGGUGGAAACAGAGACCUUUACUGUUCGACUGGAGUCUGAUGGAGGCGUCUGAGUAGAACUGCGAUCAUAAUUAUAAUUCUUACUGGCUGGAGAGAUCCAGGAUAGAAGAGUAGAAGGGUAAUGGUUAGGGUGGUGCAGGGGUACAGCAGUGAUUGGUCUGUACCUUACAUUUCUACCAGACACAAUCAGGAUGAAACAAUCAUUGUAUUUGCACAAUAAUGGAGCGCUCGACAGAAGUUGUCACAUGGGUGUUAUAGAUUUACUGAAAAUCCAUUGGCCCAGAUGUUUAAUGAGAUAAAUGUAAAUUCAUUAAAUAACCAAAUUUGGCGCAAAACACACUUUACUAUGACACUGCAGGUCAUUCUUGAUCUACCCA